GUGGCCAGUACUCAACGUAGUCGCCAGAAGAAAAAAGACUCCUUAUUCUCCCGGGCCGCUGCCGCUGCCGCUGCCGCUGCCGUCCCGUCAGAACUUGGAACUAGCACGAGGUGCCACCGACGAAGGAUAUCUUUUAUACCACCCACCACCAGCAGGGAAGAGCUUUCACAUCAGCACGCGACCGGUCAUCAUUUGCUAUAGAGACUCUCUGCCACCAGCCAACAUCAGACCUCUGACUGUUGCGAAGCAAUACAGCCAACACGCCCGCCGCCCGCAGUCUCCCAUCUUCCUGGUCUGGCAGGGGACUUGUCAAUUUGACCUCGCCAUCAAAUUUCGAUUCGGCGGGAUCGCGGAUUUACAAAGUCAAAUUACAACCUCAACCUCAUUCAACCUCGAUCUCAUCAACCCCAAAUUCAAAAACACACACGUUGCCAAACUGGCGCUCUACAACUUAGGGCCGUCUGAACCAGACGCCGAAACCGCCUCACCGCCGCCCAUGGCCAUGGAUCCGAUAGGCACACCUCGCAAGAAUGGCUCUGUGAACGGCAGAACUCCUAUAUCGAUGCGCGACAGCUCGCACGGCUGGAACAGGCUCUCUGGAAGUCGAAGCUCUAGCGUCGCGGCGCCGCCUGUUCGCACGCCUGUUCGUGAGAUUGCCAGCGUGGCAUCGGCUAGUAGUGAACAUUUGAGCGAAUUGUGGUCGAGAUACAAUAUUUCACAGUCGCAGCACAAUUCGCAAGAUAAGCUCCUUCAGGAAGUUCUCCACCGAUAUUCUAACCUUGUCAUAAAGCACGAAGAGCUGCAGGCCUCCACCCUCUCCGCGCGUGGCAGUCAUGCACAGCCUCCAUUGCAAGCCACUCUACAACUGGUCACAGUUGAGCGCGAUAUGCUCAAGAACUUGUUACUGUCCAAUCCGUACGUCAUGGUCCUGAUUGAUGGUGACGGUUUGAUAUUCAACCACGAGCUGCUCCGACUGGGAGAGGCGGGAGGACGCAAGGCUGCCCGACAGCUCAAGGAGGGCAUAUUCCGGAUGCUUUCUGGUCACCCGCACUGUCCUGAAGACUCGCAAAUCAUCGCUAGAGUAUAUGCAAACGUCACUGGCCUCUCGUCCACUCUAGUCAAGGCCGGCAUUCUAAGCUCGCCAUCCAUAUUCGAAGAGUUCGUUGAUGGCUUCACGAGCGGCGAUGAGAUGUGUGACUUCAUCGACGUGGGUUAUGGCAAGGACAAAGCCAACACGAAACUGAGCGCCAACUUCCGCACACACUUUCAUAACAAUCAAUGUCGCCAAAUUGUCCUUGGCUGCAGUCACGAUAAUGGAUAUGCACGUCUCUUGGAGAACCACAUGCAGGAUUCCCAAGAGGUCGGCCGUGUGACUCUGCUUGGAGGUGUACCGUUUGAGAAGGAGUUGGAAACGUUGCCUUUCGACAAGAAGACCAUUCCUGGUUUAUUUCGCGACACCAAGAUCAAUCUGCCGCCACUGGAUCUUCUGGGAGACAUUCCCCGGGGUCGUCAUGAUUCGAGGAACCUGUUCAACCCCGCCAGUGCAAUGUUCACUCCACCGCCAUCGACACGUACGCCGGCGCCGAGCACGCCGCUGUACAGUCCUACCACACUUUCAUUCCGAGAGAGCUCUACUCGUGCUAACAGUAUCGCCUCGCUGGCAGUGAGCGAGGGUCCGGCAAUCGCUGGUGCUCCUGCGCCAGGACCAGCAUCGGUAGUACCGGUGUCCACUCCUGGUGGAGCAUGGGCCAGCAUCGCUCGCAAGAAUGCGCAUCUCCCACUGAAAGAUAUCGCAAAGCCACAGGCGGAAGUGGUGUUUAGCGGACCUGUGAUUCACGUCAACAAAUUUAAUUAUCGCAUCGACAAGCAGAUGGACUAUGACCACGACAAAGUGUACAAGCUGAAGCAAGCAAAAUACUGCAAUCAGCAUUAUAUCGGCCGCGGCUGCUGCCAUUUCAAAGCCAAUAACGGCGCCUGCCCUCACGAGCACGACACCAAACUCAGUGAAGAAGACAAGAAAUGGCUCCGCGUCGUCGCCCGCGAGACCGUCUGCAAGAAGGGCACCUUUUGUCGCGAAUUCGACUGCAUAUAUGGCCAUCACUGCCCGUAUCCUCAACAGCAGCAGGGUUCCCUGCGCGUUGUGGGCUGCAUCAACGGCGACAAAUGUCGUUUUGCCCCUGAAAUGCAUGGCAUGGAUCGGAAGGUGGCGCGGACUUUAACUUUGCAGGAUGUGGAAUUGGACCUGUCGGAGGAGUACUAACUACACAACCUAAUUAGGUACCUGCACUAGGUACCUUUAAUAUGCCAGAAACGGCUAUGGAUGGGAGGGAACGGUGGUAAUUUCAAGAUACGUCUUUGUGUUCUUCUCCUCUCUCUGACUGUGAGCAGGAUGAAGAGAGGCUAGGAGCGAUCAGAAUGGGACGUCGUACAUCGGUCUAUAGUAGUAAUGGUGGGCUGGAAUUGCUCGCUUGGUUGCGGGCUUUUCCCUUUCUCUGUACCAACAAAUAGAGUCUCACUCUUCUGAACAUCACUCUCGACCAGUGUUGCACAACACAAACCUUCGGGAAAAGUUCUUUGAUAGUUCCGCCAAGGCAUGUAUACUCUCGUCUCCAAUGUAAAGUAAUUCACGCAUAAGGAUCACGACGCCUUGGCCGCAUAUUUGCCUCGUAUUCUAUCUUCCUGUUCCACCACAGCUUUGGGCAAAGCAGAACCUCGUCCCGUUAGAACAAACAGAGCCCAUUUCCAGCGAAAGGGAUUGAUAAUAAUGACAAAGACAAACCAGUAAACCAACUCGGAAUAAGUGAAGAAGUCGAAUGCAGCAGUGGGAGCGAAUCGUUUGACCCAUCUGGUGAAAUCGAUCCAGAGUUUCAUGAGACCCUCUGUUGGUCGUGCCAGAGGGUCGACGAGGAACAUGAGGAGAAAUCGUGUGUAGAUUCCAAUGUGCCAAUUACCCACAGCUCCGAUAGCGUUGACAUACGUGCAGUUGUUGCAGCAAAUGUCUAUAUGCGUGGGUGGAAAGACCUGGAGAUACCAGUUGGGUGGUUCGUAGUUCUCUUGGAAGCAAUCGCGGGGCAAGAAGUUGAGAGAUGGACGUUCGUAGCCUGUGGCCAUGAUGCAUAUAUCACCUUCGAUAAGCUCUUCGCGACCAGGUCCGCCUUUGGGUGUGCCCUGGCUUCUGUGAUUAAACUUGAUACCGUUCUCCUCAAAGUUCUUGACGUCGCCUCUCAGCCAGCUGGUUUUACCCGAACGAAUCUGCUCCAGUACAUCGUUGUUCACCAUUGGAGUUUCCGUGAAGAGUCCCUUUCCGCUAUUCUCCGCAGGUGCUAUGUCUUGGAGGUCACGGUAGAAAAAGAGACGCAGAAGCCUUUCUGGGAUGAAAGAGAAGAUGGUCUCCUGGCCGAAGAUGUUCAGAGCUAGCAGUACGUCGAUGACAGGGUUUCGUGGAAUGAUCCAUUUCUCGGAUCGCGAGAGAAUGUACGUCUUUUUAGCUCCCGCAGCGGUAACGAACUCCAUGGCUUCAAUUGCAGAGGCACCUCCGCCGAUGACAAUGACAUUCUUGCCUUUGGCAUCUUGCUCUUUGCCAUCCAGCUGACUGGAGUGGUAGAUGUGGCCCCUGAACUUGUCCUCGCCCUUGACUGUAGCAUUCUUGGGCUCGCCACAAGUGCCAAUGGCGGCAAUCACGCCAUCAAAGCGACCGUUGCUCUCAUCGUUGAUAAUCCAACGGUUUUGGGAAUCCUUGUACACCUUGUCGACCCGCGUGUUGAACUUAGUCUUCUUCUCGAGCCCGUACGUCUGCCACAGCUGCUUGACCGCCUGCACUAUCUCUUUCCUGUUGGGAUAGCCCUCGCUCCACUGGACGGUGGGGAAGAAGCGGUACAUGACGGAAUGGAUUUGCAGUCCCGACGUGUUGUUCACUUUGGCCCAGAUGCCUCCCACGG